UUCUCUGUGACUGGAAGUGAGCUUCGGUGCAGAUGCCCGUAGCACGUCAUGUGUUCAACGGGAACCGGUCUGCUGUGAACAUGUUCAUUUCUUGACAGAACCUCUUCUCCUGCAGGGCCUAGUUUUAGUUUUGCUGCAGCUGGCUUGUUUUCGGGCUCUUAGCAGCCAGUGAGCCAGGCAGCCUUAGACUAAGUGUUUCGUUUUGCCCUGAAUCAAUCAAUGGAGGAGAAUGGAUUUGGGGUUCUUUGAGUUCAUUCAGCUACUGGCUGCCUUGGCAGUGUUUGUCUUGAUUUUGGUUGUACUGAUAGCCCACUUCAGUGCUUCCAUGAUCAUGGCUGACGUGAAGCGUCACAAAAAUGAGAAGUACUUCUUUACCGAAGACGGAGAAAUGGAAGCCUUCCCCAGUAUCGAAGACCCCCAUUCUCGAGAGCUCUCGGUGGUCGUGCCCUCCUACAACGAGGAGCUCAGGCUGCCUGUGAUGAUGGAUGAAGCCAUGGAAUACCUGGAGUCAAGACAGAAGCAACAGCCAUCGUUUACCUAUGAAGUUAUUGUGGUUGAUGAUGGCAGUAAAGACAAGACCACUGAGGUUGCCUUAGACUACACUAGGAGGUAUGGUGCUAGCAAGGUCAGGGUUUUGACUCUGGUAAAGAACCAUGGCAAAGGUGGGGCUGUGAGGAUGGGUGUGCUGAGCUCUCGGGGGAAGUUCAUUCUGAUGGCCGAUGCUGAUGGUGCAACAAAAUUUGCUGACAUUGAGAAGGUGGAAGCUGGCCUUCGGGACAUCAGCCCAAAACCGGAGAACAUGGCCAUUUCCUGUGGAUCCAGAGCCCAUUUGGAGAAGGAGUCUGUGGCUCAGCGCUCCUUGUUCCGAACAUUCCUGAUGUACGGCUUCCACUUUCUUGUGUGGUUUUUCUGUGUAAGGGGCAUCAAGGACACCCAGUGUGGCUUCAAGCUCUUCACUCGUGAGGCUGCACAGAAAACUUUUUCUGUCCUUCAUGUGGAGCGUUGGGCCUUUGAUGUAGAGCUGCUGUACAUUGCCCAGUGCUUUAAAAUUCCCAUAGCAGAAGUUGCUGUGAAUUGGACAGAGAUUGAAGGAUCUAAACUGGUCCCAUUCUGGAGCUGGCUACAAAUGGGAAGAGACCUUGUUUUCAUUCGACUUCGCUAUCUAACGGGUGCCUGGAAACUGAAGUCCCCAAGGAAAGCAGAGUAAAAUGUGCAGGAUUGUGAACUUCAUUUGCUAGAGUCAUGAAGGCAGGAAGCAGCAUAUGUUUCUGGAGGGCGGCAUUGUUUUGCUAAGGGAUUCUGGCUGUUUUUCUAUAUAUACUGUAUAAUCUAUGUGUGUACUUCACAUAGUGUUUUCUGUUAGUCUUUGUAACAUUAGUGAGAUGAAAAAUAUGGAAAAUAUUUUUUAAUGAUUUUAUAUUUUCAUUUUUGAGCACUUCUGCCUGUAAAUGCCAUUUUCAAAUUGAUUUUCAUUUCAAAGGGGUGUCUGACUUCAGAAAA